AUGUUAUUCAAGAAUCUAUCCCAACUUUCAGCAGUCUCUGGUCAUGCUAUCCAAAAUUCAUCUUACCAAUCGUCCAAUGUGUCAACAACAGUUGGUGAAUCGAUGAUUGCUAGUAGAGGAUGUUGUGGUGGUCGUCGCAAUCGUGGUAAUAAUAUUGAUAUCGAUAUUGAUAUUGAUAUUAAUAUUGGUCGUGGUAAUCGUGGUGCUGAUUGUUGUUAA